AUGCGCGCGCGAGAGCGGGGGCCCUCUGCUUUUCCUCUCACCUCUGAAGUCCAAAAAAAGCUUGUCGUGCAUCCAAGCGACCACAAUGACGACGAGCCCUUUGACGGUCCGCUCGGUGUGCUCAACCACACCUUCUCCCUGCCUAGCUGCCAGCUCCACUUUGACGCCGGCGAGCGCUGGGCCGUUCUCAGCUCCGCCAGCUAUGACAACGACCCCAACAUCGAUGAAGUGGACCUUGAGUUCCUCACCAUCCACAAGAUCGACCACUCAUUGGGCCAGCGGCACGACGACAGAAUCAUUACCACUGACAUGCAUCCACCCACCUCUCACCAACUGCAGAUGCCAACGGCGCCGACGCCCCGCCUCAGACCGAAGCGGGCCACGGCGCCCCUCGAUGCGGCCGCGAGAGCCCGCCUCGCCGCUCUCCCCAGAAGCGACGACAGCAGCGGCAGCGAGCACGAGGCGGCCGCACUCUCCAGCCUCAUCAACGAUUACCUCCUCGAGACGGACGCGACAGUCCCGUCGGCCACCCUCGCGGUGGAAGGCUCCUCUGAUCUGGAUGACGAGCCUAACGGCGACACCAGCUCAACGGCGGCGGCCGACAUGCUUGCGGAGAUCAAGGACAAUCUUGACCCAACCGGUAGCAGUGCUGACGAGCUACGCCGCCGGCUCGUCUUUGCCGUGGCGGAUGCCAUGCGAGGGUUGGAUGAUCUGCGGCCGAACCAGUCGGCUUUCCGGCGCGCCGUGAUGUCCCGCCUGCGCGAGCGUGGCCACGACGCCGGCCUGUGCAAGGUGCGUUGGGACAAGUCGAGUGGCGUGACCGCCGGGAGCUACGAAUACAUCGACAUCGUCGCUGGCGGGGACGAGACAAGGUACAUCGUGGAUGUCGGCUUCGCGACGGAGUUUGAGGUCGCACGGUCGACCGAGGAGUACGAGGCAGUUCGGACGGCACUACCGGAAGUGCUGAUCGCGCGCCCGGAGCACCUCAGGCAGGUUGUGAAGCUUGCAGCGUCCGCAGCACGGCGCUCGCUCAAGAGCAGCGGCCUCAGUGUGCCGCCCUGGAGGAAGAGGCGGUUCAUGAUGACCAAAUGGCUCGGGCCCUACAAGCGGACGGUUAACUCUAUUCCGGCACCAGCGGGUACGGCAUUAGGCAGCAGUGGCGUGGUGGCCGUCUGCCGGACCAUAGUUGGCUUCGCCCCUCAGACUACCUUGGGGACGUCGUCAGGCUUUUGGGGGUGA